UCACUUUCGAAUUGCAUUCUGAAACCCGCUAAAUUAAGCAUCUCUGCAUCUAUCAACACUCCAAGUAGAAAAAAAAUUUCACUAUCGAAUCCAGAUUCAGUCUAGCAGCCUGCAGAAGAUGCAUACUGAUUGGAUUCUUGGUUGUUUUUUCUCUUUUUUCGGUCUGGUUGGAAACAGCUGGGUUAUAUUCAUUAUCGCAAAGAGAAGACGGUUGCAGACAACAGCCAACUGGUUCAUCCUUUCCCUGGCGGUGGCCGAUGUAUGUGUUACAUGUGCAUAUUUUCCGGCAGUUAUGAUCUGCGAAGUGGGCGAUGAUGUUGAAUGUACAGGCGACAUUCCUCAUAUAGUCCUCUACUUCUUUCGAGAUGUUUCUGCCAUUUGCUUGAUCGCCAUGGUUGCAGAACGCUACAUUGCUAUUGUUCAUCCGUUGAAAUACCUUAGUGUCCUGACGACUACCAGGAAAGUCAUUAUCAUUGCGAGUUGUUGGGCAUUUCCAUUUCUUUUGGCCAUUUGUCAACUCAUCUAUCUCGCAAGCAGCGGGCGUUUCGCUGCAGAAACGCGGACAUUUGUGUUAAUUCAUAGAGUGCUCUUCGUAGUGUUACCAACAAUAUUUGUACUCUCGGUACAUUUUCAAAUCAUUAUAACGGCUCGAAAACUCUCUCGGGAUAUGCAAAUUCUUCUGAAACAGAUAAGAUUUAACGCUGUGGCAAACUCGGUGAAAAUAGUGGAAGCUAGAAAUGUGGGAUUAAGAACAUCCACUGUGAGUUUAACAUCUGUAAUUAUUAUCAUAUUCAUUGCAUGUUACGGAAUAGAAAUCCAUCUGUCAAUUUGCUUUUACUUAUAUGUCUGUGAUCCGUCAGAGUUUGAACUUGUGGUUGCAAAUUUGCUGUUUUUUGCCAAUUCUACGUUGAAUCCUCUUGUGUAUGCAAUUUUUAAAGAAGAUAUCAAGAGAGAAUCAAAAGCUUUAAUGAACCGCAUGAGGUGCCUUAACGUACGUCUCUUCCGAGGUCAUUCAGAGUAGAAAGAAGGGAUUGGAACUCCUUACAGCAUUGGUGACUACAAGAAAAGAAAUAGUUAAAACACACAAGUGAACUUUAUCAAUUAGCCUAAAUUUAGCCCAGAACGUUUGACUUAUGAUGAGAGAAGAUGCAGUGUGUAGCUACAGAACGGUUUCUGUACUCAAACAACAAUUCCACGAUGUGCUCGGUCAUAAAUUCACUUGUGUGGACGCUUAUCAAAGAGGACAUGAAAAAGGAAUCCAAAGGUUUGCUUGACUACAAAACGCAUUUAAAACAAACUUCUACCCUGAUACAAAACGUGAGAAGUCUAGCAAUGCUGGUCGCAACAAUCAAAGUGACAGUAUGAUGGAAUGGCUAUACUCUACAAGGAGAAACCUAGGAUUAAAUUCUCUACAAUCUGAGGUGGGUGACUGUGCUUGACAUGUGGUGGAUUAUGGUGGAAUCCACAUCUCGACCUGCUUCCACCUACUUCUGUUCGAUGUUAUUACUCUGAACAUAGACUAACAGCAUUUAUUUGUUGCCUUUCGCCAAUUCUUAAUCAAAACCUCUUGUGUACGCGUUCCUUAAAGAAGGUAUCAUGGAAGAAUCAAAAGCUCUUCUUUGCCGGAAGAGGCACUUAAAACUACAUUCUCUCAAAGUUAAUCUACAUUCAGAAGAUGUAAAGUGAGUUUCCUCCAGCAGUGCAGAUUACAGAUUAAGAAUAAAACAAGAAAUUUUUUUUUUUAAA